AGCCACGUGACUGCAAGAACUACAAAAUAUUCAAGUCUGCUUCGACUGAAUCUACUCCAGAUCCAGACGGACGUUAGCCAUGAUUUGCGUGAAGCCCAUUGUUUCUUCAUCAAUACCGCAAAUGGCUCGAGGAUACGUCGUGUCCGUAAAGCCUCCUCGCGUCUACGAGGCCAAACCGACACCGCGUCGCUACGGUGUGCAGAAAACAUUUCUAUACAACCAAUACACUCGCAUGCUUGAAGCUAGCGAUAAUUCCCCCAUAAUAUUCCUCCAACAUACAAAUUUCGCAGCUCAGCGGCUACAGAAGCUGAGACGGGAUAUAGCCGAUGCAAACACCAAGUUUUCGGUCUCAUUAUCCUCUGCGACACCUUCUCUAGUUGAAAUCGGUGCUCCUACGCUAGCCGUGAUGCGGACCUCACUCUUUGGCGUUGCAUUACGAGACUUUGCGGCUUUUGACGCGGAACAGGCAGCUCAAAUUGCAGGACUGCUUAAAGGCGGUCUUGCUGUCCUAACGCUACCAUCAUUUAACCCUCCCCAACUUGACGCCAUCCUCCGUGCUCUAGAUCGCUCAGUGCCUUCCAAGAAACCAGGGGUGGCACAGCCAACACCGAUAAAACCUCAAGAUGACCCAAAUUUUAUUCCUGGCAGAAAGAUGCAGAGGGUGAAACCCAUCUUGACCCCGGAACUGGUGGUGAUGGGUGCUCUUAUCGAGAGGCGGGUAUUUGGAAUGGAUAGUGUGCGGGAUGUAUCGAAACUGCCAACCCUAGACACCCUGCGGGCGCAGAUAGUUGGGUUGUUGAGCUCACCAGCUGUACAGUUAGCUGCAAUUCUCAGUGAGGCAAGCGGAGGAAAACUUGCGAGAACACUGGAAGGUUUGAAGAAGGGUCUGGAAGAGAGUCAAAGUGCGGAAGCUUCAUCAUAGCAUCUACUCAAUCGUUGCUGCACCUUCAUUUGUCGGAUGGCCUUCAUAGUUCACAUGCACACCACGCACUUUCAUAGAAGAAGGUUAAUAUCAGUCUUUGAGGCAAAACUCCCACGUCCGAUCCUCUCCUCCCUCGCCUGUUGUACCCCGACCAUGAGCUCUUUCGCCUUUUGUCAUGCGGUGUUCGUACCCCUUCCACAUCUUCCUGUGAAAUACAAACGAACGCAGAAGCUUAUAAUUUGGGUUCGGCGGAGUUCCUAACGA